GUGAACCGCUUGUUGGGUUGAUCAGCGGAAGCGCUGCUCAGGCUGAAGGAGGGCCGAAGCCGCUUGCGAAGCACAGGUGACCGACAGACUCUCCAGAGGAAGGCAUUGAGAAUAAAGGAAAAAGAUGUUGCCAAGGCCAAAGCCUGGGGAGUCCGAGGCAGAUUUGUUGAAAUUUCAGGAACAGUUCCUGGCAUCAGAGGCUUCGCCAGCAGUGAAGAUUGUAAAAAAGGCAGAUAAGAGAAGAGGGGAUGGGAGAGGUGGCGAUGAGGAGAGACUUCAACUGCCCCAUGACAGAGAUGUGGUGUCUUUAGAUAACUUUCCUGAUGUGCCCCCAGCUCUGACACCAGGUCCUCCAAAGAAAUCCAAGGUCAGAAGUACCCAUGUUCGCUUUGAGGAUCCAGAGGAGCAGCUGGAUCACAGUGAUCAACAUGUCACAGCGGUCCUCGGCAAAAUAAUUGAGCGUGACACAAGCACAGGAAAUGUGACCAUACCAUUGUCCACUGGAGAUGCAUUUCCCAGAGUUUUUCACAGGUCUGAAAUAAAAACUGAGACAAAAUCAGAACCUGGAAGGAAAAGUAUCUUUUCUCAGAAGAUAGCUGCUAAGAGAGCAGCUGAAGUGGCUCAGGUGUCCCCUCCAGCUGGGCUGAAAAACACCGAAUGGACAACUCCAGAAGCUGCCCCUCCUCCCAUGGUCUUGGAGGCACAGCUCUUUAGAAUGGAGGAAGAAAAGUCUGUUGGUACUUUGCAUAUUCAGUGGCCUCGUUUUAUCACUGGUGAGGGUCUUGGAAGCCCAGCUGGUGAACAGGAGAUUCAGAAAAUCCAUGAGGAAAACUUGGAGAGACUGCAGUCUAUGUCCAAGGAAGAGAUAUUGAAAGAGCAGAAGCGACUACUGGAUCAAUUAGAUCCCAGUUUAGUUGCUUUCUUAAAGUCACAACGUGGUCUUGACACGAGUCAGAAAGGAGAAGAAAAAAUGGAACUAGAGAAGGCAGAAAAGCUUGUGCAUUCAGAAACAUGGUCCAAAUCCCAGCACGAGGGAAAGGAAAUCGUGGAAGCUCCUUCCUUACAGGAGCCAGCAAUGGAUGAAGAGUCAGACACAGAAGACUUGCGCGGAACUGAAGCCUUUGCAAGAAUGGAUGUCGCAGGUGGUGAUCUUCCUCUGAAACCUCGGAAAGAAUGGCUUCACAUGGACAAUGUGGAGUUUGAGAAGCUGGAGUGGAUGAAGGAUCUUCCCCAUCCUCAGCAGAAGAAAACUAGAAAGGGGAUGCAAGCACGCUUCAGUCUGAAGGGGGAACUUAUCCCUCUGGGUAAAGACUUCCCAACGCAUCUGGGCCUGCACCAUCAUGGAGAAGAAGCAGAACGGGCUGGCUAUUCACUCCAAGAGCUCUUCCAUUUGUCUCGCAGCCAGGUCAUUCAACAGAGGACUCUGGCUUUGCAUGUGCUUGGUCAUGUUGUCCAGAAGGCCAAGGCAGGAGAGUUUUCUUCCUUGUUGAAGGGAAGUGUUCUCCGUGUACUGCUUGAUGCUGGUUUCCUCUUCUUGCUUCGUUUCUCCCUGGAUGAUACAGUGGACAAUGUCAUUGCAGCUGCUAUCCAUGCCCUCCAUGUGCUGUUGGUUUCUCCAGAUGAUGAGGAGUAUCUUGACAAGACCUUCUCAUGGUACCAGGGAAUGGCUGUAUAUCCUUUUAUCCCAAACAAAGAAGAUGAAGAAGAAGAGGUGGAGGAGGAAGACAAUGACAAUGAACAGACUCUAAUGGAAAAGAAAUUACGAAGAAAAUCAAAGGAUGAGAACAAGCCAGACUCAGAAGUGGCACGAUAUGAUGUUAUAAAGGGACUUCUGAAGACCAAGAUUCUUCACCGCCUGAGAUACAUUCUUGAAGUCAUGCGACCUGUUCCUUUGGUAGUUCUGGAGAUUCUAGAUAUUCUCAUCCGCAUAGCAAGGCACUCUACAGAAGUAUGCAGUCAGAUCCUUGAUUGUCCUCACUUGAUUGAGACUGUUGUCAGAGAGUUCAUCCCUACCCAGUGGGAUUCGAGAGUAGCUGAACCCGGGCAAUUGCUUGCUACUGUUCAUGGAGUUCCAUGUGCUGCUGCUAUGAAACUGAUUAGAGUUUUGGCCUCUGGAGGGCGAAAUGCAGCUGCGAGGCUGCUUAAUAAGUAUGAUAUGAAGAAUCGGAUGAGUCGAUUCAUAGCUGAAGAUCCCAAAGAGCUUUCUCUGAGGAGAGAGGAAGCCAUAAGGCUGUGCACUGAAGCAUUCCGCCUGUGGGCUGUGGCAAGUGGCUAUGGUCAGGCCUGUGAUCUCUACAGGGAUCUCUAUCCUGUGCUCGUGAAGAUGAUCCCAGCCCUGUCCCAUUUGGUGAAGAGUUGUGAGGAGAAUAAAUCUAUAUAUAACCUUUCUAUUGAGAGAGCCACAGCCAUGGUGACAUUGCUUUCCCAAAUAACACAGACUGCGGGCUGCAGAGCAGAACUACAGGCCCAGCUCAGCAGGAGUGGGCCAGAAGAUGGAGGCCAGAUUCCUCCUCCACCAGUCUCCUGGAAUCAGGUGUCAGGGUUCAGAUCCCUGAUUGAAACUAAUUUGAAAAAAUGUCUGAAAGAAAUAUCUGAACUAGAUACCUGGCAGGCACUACAGCCUCUCACAACGACCUAUCUGAUCUACUUGGGGUUGUAUUACAGUAACUACAGUCAGCAGCCGUCAGUAAAUCCUGUGGACUGCUUGGAGGAAGUGGAACGUCUGACGCUUGAGUUGGUGUUGCCUUUCCUCAGCCAACCAGCCAUGCAGACUCAGUGGGAAAUGCUAAGGCCAUGCUCAGUUCUGUGCAAUCCUUUAUCCUAUUCCCCAGCACCAGAGUCUCUCCCCAGUAUUGUGUCUCUGAGUUGCACUGGAGGCAAGUCCCCAUUGAGUUUAGUGGGCUCGAAAUCACCAUUUGCCUUUCUUACUGCCCUCCUUGUCCUUGUCAACAACAUCACUCACAUCCAUAAAGGGCUGAUUGGCAAGUAUGUCUCCGUGCUGGAUUCUAAAGGCCUGAAUGAUUACCUGCUCCAGAGCUGGACCAUUGGCCCACCUUCUAUAUUCCACUCCACAGUGUGGCUCUUGCGCCAUGAAUACCACCUGCAAUAUUUUGUGCUUGCCUUAGCUCAGAAGAUGGCAGCUGCUUGUCCAGAUUAUGGCCAGCAUGCUUCACUGCAUCACUAUGUUGCCAUGGUUUUGUUAAGCCGUUUGUUGCCAGGCAGUGAGCAUCUGGCUCACAAGCUUCUGUUGGGCCUUGCCUUUAAUCCAAAACUGAUUCCUGAAGGCCAAGCUGGGGGACCAGAAGCUGCUGACUUCUCGGACAUCCUGCACCUGGGCACAAGGGCAAAGCUGACACAGCCAGGCUCAGUGGCUGCCAUUUCUCCCCAUCCCAGUCGUGGAGUCUUGCUGAAAGAAGCAUACCAGCAUCUCCCAUUUAUCCAAGCCUGCUACCUCUCUCAUUUUGUUUACUUGGAGCCUGCGCUUGCUCGGUCCAGAGAUGCUUAUCAAGGAAGAACUCACCUUGUCCAAUCCAUGCUUCUUCCUGAGGUCAGAGGACCUAUUCUACCUUCUGAUUGGCCUUUCCUUCCGCUUAUCAGCCUCUAUAACAAAGUGACAGGUGCAGAAACACAGUGGGCUGUUGUAAAUUCCUUUCCAGCAGAUCUGGUGAACAUUGUGACCCGGAACUUGCAGUGGGUCCUCCUCUUGGAGACCUGGAGAGCCAGAAUUCUUCAGGGAAUCUCAGCUGCAGCUAAACUUGCAAGGCUUAUGUGUGUGUUCCUCACUGGCAGUGACUUGUUCUUGGAAGGUGCCGUCCAUUGCUACACAGCUGCUCUUCUGUCACUUUACUGCUGCACAAAAGUCUUGGACUCCUUGAACUUGGAUGCUCCCCUCCCUGGUUUAGCUUCUUUCUAUGACCUCUACAUCAAUCUCUUGGAACAGUUUGAAGGUGUCUCCUUUGGAGACCCCCUCUUCGGAGUCUUUGUGCUGCUUCCCUUACAAAGGCGGUUCAAUGUCCAACUAAGGAUGGCUGUCUUUGGAGAGCAUGUAAGCACCUUGCGGUCCUUAGGAGUUCCACUCCAACAGUUUCCUAUACCUCUGGAACUGUACCUUUCUCCACCUGAGGACAAUCUGAACCUCAUAAGGCAGUACUUCCAGACACUGGUCACAGGCGUCUUGCGGCAGAGCUGGUGUCCAGUACUCUAUGUGGUUGCCGUGGCUCAUGUGAACAGCUUCAUUUUCUCUCAGGAAAGCACCACACAGGAGAUUGAUGUUGCCCGAAAAAACAUGUUGGAAAAGACCUGGCUCUUGGUGGAUGAGGUGUUGAAGAGGCAUCUUCUCUAUUACAAGUUGCCCAACAAGGAUAGUCCAGUAGGGUUUGACCUUCAUGAACAGCUUCCUCCCAUUCGGCUAAAGCACCUGCACACAGUCACUAAGAAGGAGCAUAAAGAGGGCCCACUGCUCUCCGAUUUGUAGCGAAGAAUCUCUACAGCUGGAUGGGGCAAUAAAGGGUAGCAGUGUUAAGCCAGUGGGAGAGCUUGGUGAUCUCCAUGCUGUUUCCCCUGAACAAAAGAAAAAGGAUUUGCUCUGUGAACCUUGGUCUGGCCCAGCCUUCGUAAAGCGAGGAAUAUCUUCCCAUCACCAGACAAUGAAGUUUCAUGGUGGGGAAAAAAUGAAAGAAACAAGUGUAUGUUACUGAGAGAGAACUUUGGCAAGUUGUUUUUGAUAAA